AUGGAUCCAUUACCAAAAAUUCGAUCACUAUUAAACGAUAAAACGACUAGUGACUUAAUAAUUCGUAUUGAUGGAAAAAUUUAUUACGCACAUAAAAUUGUUCUUUUAUUAAAAUCCGAAUAUUUUUGUAAAAUUUUUUCUGAAUAUAAAGGUAAAUAUUUUGAUUUUAGUUGUUCUAAAGAAUCUGUUUAUAGUGUGUGGUAUGAAUAUAAUAAAGAUGCUACCGAAACGGGAGAAAAUGGUGAAAAUAGUAAUAAUUUUUCGGUGAAACGUGAUCAAAAAAAUGUUGAAAUUUAUUAUGAUUAUGAAAUUUUUGGUCAGUUUUUAGCGUAUUGUUACGGGUGGCCAAUUCAGCAAAGAACGACUGAUGAAUUGUUUGCAAUUGCAUACCUGGCAAAAAAAUUUGGUGCGCCUGAGUUAACAAAAUUAAUAGAUUGUUUGUUAAAAAUUCUUCCAAAAUCAUGGAAAUCUGGUGAUAAUACUUGGGAAGUUGGAUUGAUGGUUAGCAAAUGGUUAAAUUUGGAUCAAACCAGAUUAGCUAUUUUAAAAUUUUUGGUAAAUUGUUUGUCAAACGCUGAUAAUAAGACGAUAACGGAAAGAAUUAUAAUGAAAUUAGAAAAAGAUGAUUUAAAGGAAGUUGAGCAAUUAAUGAUGGAGGUUUAUGGAAAGCUGAAUGAAAAUACGACAGAAAAAGAGGGCUGUGAUGAUAGUGAGGAUAGCACAGAAUCGGACUCUUCAGAAUCAGAAACAGAUGAAACAAAAAAAUUAGGAAAUAACACAUCCAAUAUUGCGCAUAAAAAGGAAACAACCCAAGAAGGUGAAGAAUCCUCCAGUGAAUCAAGCGAUGAAUCUAUUCUUGAAACAUAUCUCCAAAAUGCUGGCAAAUUUGCGUCUUAUCAAGGUUUUCUGACCUUAAAUCGUGCGUUAGACAAUUCAGUUAAAAGUGGAAUGAUACUAGAGGAGUACGUCUGCCACAGCAAAAUAUAUAAUUUGAGUAUUUACGGAGAUCCGACACAACAUCAUAAAGCGUUCUCCCCUAGCCCGAGUGAUAAUGAAGGUGUUAGAGUCAAUUAUUAUUAUGUUGCAUUAUUAGCCAUUACAUAUUAUUUUUCAAAGGAUUUUCGCACGUAUUGGGAAGAAAUUAUUGAAGAACGUAAGAAGAAUUGCGUGAAAAGAGCUUUUCGUUCCAAGACAUUAGACAUUUAUGAAGUCGUAAGUGUGAAUGUUGGUGAGGAAAUCGUAAGUGAAUGCCAGUCAUCGAAAAAGACAAGAAGUGGAAGGAAGAUAGCUAAUUAUCGUGAAGAAUCUUCUUCCUUAUCUGAAGGAAAUAAUUUGGACGAGAUCGAUGUUUUCUUCCGGAAAAAUUCAUCUGGUAGACAAUCAACAUUUAUAAGUAAAUUGGAAGCAGAAAACAGCGAGUCUUAA